AUGAUUUUGCAUUUCAAGGGAGGAGAAACUGUUUGUAAACAAAACAUUUCUUCUCCCUGUCAGCUCAUGCACACUGCUUUGCAGGGCUGUGCACAGCACAGCCAUACAAAGCAGUGUGGUUACAAUGAAGCACUUGGACACAGCCCAAUGUACAACAGCACACAGUUAACCCUUUGAUCACCCCACAUGUUAUCCCCUUCCUGCCCUGUGCCAUUAGUAUAGUGUCAGUGCUUUUUUUUUUUUUUUAGCACUGAUCACUGUAUUGGUGUCACUGGGGAUGUCAGUGACACCAAGUCAGGUCCCCCCAGUGUCAUAAUGCCCACUGCAGUCCCACUAUAA